AUGGUAAAGGAAGGGACCAAAAAAAAGAAGGUACCCCGCGAUGAUCGCUCGGUUUCUUCCCGUGGCACAAAAGGGACGCGAGGCAAAUCACCCAAACGGAAGAAAAAGGGAGAAGAGGCCAAACGUGCAAAGUCUCCCAAAAAUCCAGAAAAACCAGCGUCUCGAAAGGAAGGAAAGGGUGGCCGUGGAGACCUCGCCGCCAGUUCCAAGAAUCCAGAAAAUAUUCUCGAGUAUAUUCCACAGGAAUACUUGGACAAUGUCGAAACUGCAGAACCCGUCUUGCAUUUCUUGCCCAAAAUGGUGGCCAGCGCGGAUGAAACUGGUGCUUCAGGGUCCAAUCCAGGAAGCGGCGUUCAAUCCAAUACCAAGUUUCCUAACUUGAGAGUCUUGCUCUCUGCAGCUGAAGAUGACAUUCGAUUGCAUCGUGCUCGUGUGCAAGCGGCCAAGGCCAACAAUAUCAAUUUCCUAAGGAGCUACAAGAUUGAAAAUGACGAAUUGUGGUUGCUCCGACAGCAGCGACUGAAUGAGAGAACAUUGAUGCUCAGCAAACUCAAUACGGAACGCUCUGUGAUUUUGAAGGAAUUACAAGAGUCCAAUGUCAAGGGAUUGACCUCGCAGGAAAUGACACAAGUCCAAUUAGCACGGUGGCAACGGGCGCUCGAACUAUAUGUGUAUGCGCCUCCAAAGUUGGGACAAGCGGAGACUGACGAGGAAGCCCAACGAGACUUGGAAUUUUUGGGGUUGUUGGAGAAGCUCUUGGAGCAUAUCACUGAGGAAGAAGACAUGUCCGAUAUCUUUUCGCAAGCAGCAGACAUGUGCAGCACUCUUGUCGACGUUACGAAACAGAUUGUGAAGGACGCAAGUGAACAAGUCGCAGAGGCUGAGGACGUUUAUCAAAUUCGAUUGGAAGCGCAUGAACUGUUUGGACGGAACGCUCUUACUCGGACGGAAGAAAUUCAGAAUCAGUUCCGUAUCAAUGGGCGUGCGGCUCUACAGAUUGGAAACCAACUAGAGUUUGCCGAAUCCAAACGCAAGCGAUGUGAAUCUGCGUCUGUUCUCAUUCGGCGAUGGUGGCUCAUGGAAAACACUGCCGAGCAAGAAGCACUUUCUGGCGAGGAAUUGAACGUCGAAGAGGAAGUCCGUGGAGUGGUACCCUUGGCAUCCUGUCGGAUGGAUCCUCUCUUUACCCGUCGCGAAAACUCAUUGGAUGCCGCGAGAUCCCUCAAGCAGCUGCGUCAAGUGGUGCGAAGUCGUUCCGGAAAUGCCAACAUGUCAGUGGAGAGAUCAGACGCCUCUGUCAGUCGUCGGUUUGAUCUCACGGCCAAUUUAAUCAAGCGUACUUCGGAGGCUUUGGAGCAACGUCUAUUGAACGAUUUCUCUGAAGCUUACGCCAAAGGAGGAGUCUAUGAAUUCACAGCCAAGCCUCGCCCGGGACAAAUUGAAUGGAAGAAACUAAAAGACCUCGCCAGAGCGCUGAAUCUCUUUAACAAUGGACGCAACCUCUUGGAGCGGUAUGUCCAACUAGUGGUAGGAACUCGACUUCCAGAGCUGUUUGAUUCCGCUAAGGUCAAGUCAUCGGGUGAGGAAAAGGAAGAGGAAAAUGACGACGAAGAAGAGUUUGAUAUGGAGGCGACAAGAAGCGAAUUGACCAACUUGUUCCAUCGGUUGUCGGAGGUCUGCACGGAAGAGUUCCAACUGAUUGCGUAUAUAUUUGACAAUCCGGACGCAGAUACUGGCAUGGGAGAAGUCAUUCCUCUCAAGAUUGCAAGGGCCCUAUGCACUCGUGUGAUUGGAGAUCCCAAGAAUGGAUUGCAAUCGAGAAUCAAUGAUCUUUUGGAUAGUAUUGAUAGAAAGACAGAUUUUGAUGCAGGUGCCAAGAAACUUGAUACAUUUGUUGUCAUUCACGAGAAGGCAUCUGGACUAUUCAGUCUGCUGAGGGAUAGCGCAGAGAAAUUGGUGUUGCAGACGGAAGAUUCUGAUAAGAAUGCUGACACAACCGCUGUAGAUUCUUUGAAGGCCUUCUUGAACUCGCAGGAGGCAGGCUUGAAUAAUAGCCAUCGUCACGGCUACUUGAAUCUGGAACUACGACUGUUGCACCAUGAAUGCUGCAACGCAUUAGAUCAAGCUGGGUGUAUUCUCAUGGCGCCAGCACGUAUCAGGGUGGACCAGAACCUUUUAGAAAAAGGAAUCUUGGAGGAGUAUCGGGCACCAUUGCUUCCGAUUUCGAAAAAUAGCAUCAAGAGAGCUGGAUUCAAUGAGCUUCUAAGUGGUCCACUAAAGCAGUCUGUUUUGCGACAGCCGUUGAUUCAUGCCACGGAUUCCUUGGCACGAGCUAGGCUCAUGUUUGGAAGUGGAAAGGAUGGCGGUGAGACUUCUGCUCGCGUAAUCACAUCCAUAUACAGUCAGAUGUGCAACUUCUAUGGCCAAGCAUUCCUCUACCCGAUUGCAGAAGCACUCCAGGAGAUGCUUAAGAGCAGCGCGCCUUUUGCAGCACCUCAACUACCAUUUAAUGAGGACGAGGCAGCCCAUGACAUGGGUGUCGAUCCAGCGUUUUGGGUUGCGCUAGAGCGCAUACAUGCAGCAGCAAAAGCCUUCGAUCGUGAGAUGUGGGCUGAAACCAAGAAAGGAAGCCUUCGAGUUUGGGAAUUGUUGAGCAUGAAUGGAGAGAACUCCAGUGCCUUGGCUACAGGACGCGAUUGUCGUAUUGAAUUCUUUUCAGAGCUUGAACAUCGUGGUGAAGAUGCAGUUCUUCGCGCCCUGGACACGAUGAGUGCCCAUAUUCAAUGGAUACUUGUUACCGGUGCAGAAGCAAUGUUAUCGUCUGGAGGUGCCCGGUUGUUCAACCAGUUGUCGGGACAAUCUGGAGGCCCAUAUGCAAUGUCAUCUGGAACAUCACUAGAAGCCCCAAACAGCCCUGCCGUGAAAUCACUAUGCUACUGUCUCCGUGUUCAGUUUGUUCAGGUGCAGUCGGCUCUAACUCCACAAUCUCUUUCCGCCUUUUGGACUGCACUUUCCAUGAGAAUUUAUGACAUUCUUGUGACUCGUUUGUUGCAACAUUGGUAUGUUUCGACUGUUGGCGCUGUCAUUUUGGCUCGUGAUGUGGAAGCUUUGCGGUCUGUUUCCACAUUGGCUGGAACGAAACAUGACCACUGGGAUAUUCUGCGGGAAUUGCUGACUCUUUACAUGACACCACCAGAUGCGCUGAAAAUUAUGCUCGUUGGAUCGGAAGGAGAUGCCUCGUCUGGCAAGGGACUAUUUCAGCGUGCUGGAAGAGAACAAUCCCUUGUGUUUAUGAGUCGCCGCGUUGAUUUCCGGUACAAAACUGGACAAGGACUUCGAAAAAGUAUUUGGGCCACGCAACUUUUGGACGAAUUGAAGGUUCGAGAUCCAAGCGACGGCCACAUUAAUAUGGGUCUAUUUGCUGCUGGGCGCAGAGUUUGA